UUAUUUAUGAAAGCAGUAAGAAAUGCACAUUUUUAAAGCACAUUCCUUUAGAGGUGUAUAUGUAAUGGCAUGUUGGUGUACUUGACACUACAGGUCCCCUUUAAAACCAAUAGUUUGCACUCAGCUACAUGGCAAAUACCUACGUAAUGAGAGCUAUCAUGUCAAGUUAGGGGAACUUUAGGCAGUUAGUUAGUCGUACCAUUUUCUGUAUCUCACAAAACACUUUAAUAAAAGAAAUAGUGGAUACUGACAAACACAAGCUAUGGGUUUGCACUGGACAUAGGCACCUAACGGUUUUCGCCGGCCCAACCAAUCAGAGUGUGUGCUGGCCCAGCCAAUCAGAGCGCAGCAGAGGUGACUUAGGAGUAACAGACGCUUAGUACCAACAGUCUUAAGAGACAGUUGGAGAGGAGUGAGAGAGAGAGUGAGAGAGAGAGAUAGCGAAAAAGAGAGAGAUUGCGAGCAUGGAGAUUUCAAAAGCGAGGAAGCGAAGACGACAGAUCAACGAAGAAGAACAACUUUCCCCUGGGUGCUGCCAUGAUCCCAAAAGGGUGAGGCACCAGGGUGAUCAACGAGGGACAUGCCACCCUUCAGCUGGGGACCCAGCACUUCAAAAUGAGCCUUGGAACACCUUAGCUCACAUAGGCAUUGGCCUAGAGACCUUCAAGGAGUAUGGGGAAGACGCCUACAUGUACAACAAAAGCCUUGAAGAGAGAUUUAUGGCUUUGAACUUUCUACAAAGUCAGCCAGAAAUCACUUUGGCGUCAUGGUAUGAGUUCACCAGCCUGCUUGUCUUCAUACACAGACGCCUGAAGUUGGACUUUAGGUCUCUGUGCUUGACUGUCAACCUUCUGGAGCGGUUUCUUGCCCGCACUGCUCCCAUCAAGACCACCGACCUGAACAGAGUAGGAGCCACUUGCUUCAAUAUAGCCUACAAGUUAGUGGACAAACGGCAAUUCAGCCUAUGGAAUUGCCUAAAACUCUUUGAUGCCACCAUUACAAAGAAGGAAAUGAACCAACUGGAGCGAAUCAUCAUUUGCAGAUUGCUUUUUGAACUGUCAGCACCGACCAUCGAUGACUUCUUGGAGCAUUUCACCCUCCGGAGAGUAGCCAGCCAGAAGCCUGUAGCUGCCCAGCAGACAAAAGAAGCCAUUGCCCUGACUGCUGCUAGAGGCAUCGCCGCACUGAGCCUGACCCACCAUCAUGAGUUUUAUACUUAUGCACCCUCCAUGAUGGCUCUGUGCUGCCUGAAAGUUGCCAUAAAAUUCUACCCUUCAGGCAAACCCAUCAACGUGGAUCCCGCUGAAUACUCAGAUCACGUAAUGGAAGAGUGUGUCGGGAAGAUCAUCGCUCUGGUAUCAUCCAGGCAGAGCUUUUUACACAUGCUGCUUCCAGCAGUGUUUCCAAGAAGAACAGCAGAGGAGACAGAGACAAGCGCCUCCCAGAAAGAACCCAAAGGUGGUGAGGCAGAAACAUCCAGGCAGGAACAGGGUUCUGACCCCUUGGAAAUGGCCCAGGGAUCUGGCCUUUCCAUCUAUCAUCAAGGGGUAGGUUUGCAAAACAUGCACCCAUACAUUCCCACAUAUCCAUACUACCACCCUCACAUGCACCCAUACAUUCCUACAUAUCCUUACAACCACCCUUACAGGCACCCAUACAUUCCUACAUAUCCAUACAACCACCCUUACAGGCACCCAUACAUUCCUACAUAUCCAUUCUACUCCAGACCCUUAGGGCUUUUUGCUUUAUAUUUUAAACGAGUGAAUAAGCUGCUCGGUAUGCAGUCUUUCCUCAGCUUUGCUUGA